GCACAUUAACGAAACCGUUUCAGAUUGGUGGGAUUGCGGCUUUCGCUUAACGCGAGCUGAGAAACUUCGCAGUAAUCGGCGGUUUUGGCUAAAUGUCAUUACGGUCAGUGCAAUUGAUGUAGCUUUGAGGGAAGUAUUUGUUUUGUGUAAUUUGCACCGAGUGUGCAUGUAGUGUUUUUAGUGUAGAGCAGCUGUAAUAUUGAAAGUAUCUCGAUUUUAUACCCCACAUCACAAAAAGAAAAGAGAGCUCUGGACGAUGAAAACUCCUACACUAGGUCAUAACGGCAAUGGGAUUUCACGUUUUAUCAAACGGCUGUCGAAUAGAUUUUAUUUUUUAGUCGUAGGAAUCGAAAACUGGCUUACCUUUGUCUCAUCAUUGCCUCAGUUCCAUGCUUGUAAUCACGGUACAAUACUGAAAAGUGAGUAAAUUACAGAAGUGUGUAAUAUUGUCUACAGCAACAAUUCAAGCAAACUGCAAACUAAUACCGUGUUCACACCGGGUCAAAAGUGUCUAGCCGUCCAUUACGAUUAUGCGACUGAGUAUAAUUAAAACUUACGUUUCUGACCAAUGUUUAAUUCCAAACUAUUUUCUCCAAUAGGACAGCGUAACACUGACUAUGCAACUGUGAAUCAACAUGGUGUCUAAUGUUAUUAUCUCCCUGUGUUCGGUCAUGGUUGCUAUUAAUUUGAUUGGUAACUCGCUCGUCUGUCUUGUGGUACUGAAAGAUAAAGCUAUGAGAACUUCCAUGAAUUUCUUACUGGUAAAUUUGGCAGUAUCCGACAUGAUUGUCGGUAUCUUCUCCACAUUCAGGUUUCUUGAUGACCCUUUCAAAAAUUACCAAGGCACAACAGGCGCUGACGUUAUCUGUAGUAUGUUAACUGGAGGAAGUUUUAUAUGGACGGGGAUAUUGGCCUCUAUGUUAUUCCUCGUGCUGAUUGCUGUAGAGAGACACUGCGCUGUAUUGCACCCGUUGCAACACAAGACUGGACUAGUAACUAAAAAACUGAAUGUUAUAAUUGCAGUUUGUUGGACUUACGCCAUUUUAUGGAAUAUUCCCUCGUUUUCCUUUCGGCGCUAUAAUGAGGAAACUGGGGGCUGCUUUCUACCCUGGCCCAUUCCCUACCUCGGUCAGGCUAGAGCUGUUUACUGGGUCUUCACCACCGCUGUAGUUCCUGUGAUUAUUAUGGGCUAUCUCUACACUCAGAUCAUCCGUAAACUAUGGAGUACAGAGCAACCGGCAUCUGUUUCGUAUGGAAAAGCAAGAAGAAAAGUAACCCGGAUGACACUAAUCAUUAGCAUGAUCUACAUCUUAACAUGGAUUCCAAACAGCGUCAUAUUUCUUCUGCUCCAAUUCAGCUCUUACGUGACCCCGGAUUCUACAGCGGAUCAGCUGGGAAUUCUGCUUGUGACUUUUAACUCGUGCAUCAAUCCUAUAGUAUACAGCUUACACAGCACUCCAUUUAGUAAGAGCUUAAAGAACAUAAUCUGGUCCUGUAAACCACGGUGUAAAAUGAACAUUAUUAGGCCAACACCGCCCGAUACACAACCACGUGUAGAAGAUGAUGUAGACGUCACAUCAUAUAGGAAUGAAGCCUUUGUAGAAAACAGAAUUGAAAGCAGACUGUCAGAAAGGAGUCAACAAAGCAUUCGGACAGAAUAACCAUUGAAAUUUAUUUCCAUAGAUAUAGUGGUGAGGGAAAUGUCCAUCAUGCUAAUGCGAAGUGACAACCAAGUCAAAGUUCGGUCAUUUUCUACCAGUUAACCACCGAUUAGCGCAAUACCGUUUUUAAACAUUCUCUCUCAGCUAGAGAUUGCAGAUUUGACAUGCUAUGUUUGAUUCCUUGGGUUGAUUCCUACAUACUUACUUACUUACUUUUGAAGCCUCUACGAGUCUGUGUGCUUGCUGAGAGCAAAAAAAUUCUAUGUCAUUACAACGCUCAACAAUUCUUGGUAUUUUCAGUACUUCUUAUAAAUUAUUUAAAAAUUUGGACUCAGUUAGUUCGGCACUAUGAACCUUUACUAGUGUAUUAUUAUCCACGUCCAGCCAGUUUGUUGCUAAAAGAGUUCAAGUAUUGCACGAUUAGACCAUGCUUGUACGAUAACUGAAAACCCACUGCCAUUUUUUUUUCUAUUGUUAGAGGAUUUGUUUUUGCAGUGGGUGUUUUCAAAAGUU